CUCUACUGUAUUCAGAUCCGUGCCUUUGUGCACCAUUGCGACGUGACCCCGAUGGCGUCGUAGCAGCCCCGACGCUUAAUGCCUGCACGGGGAACGGGGCAGCCCUGUUCACACACACACACACACACACAGCUCGUUUCCAAAUGCGUCCUGUACUGGCGGGUAUAGCGGUGGAGAUGCUGAGCGGUGCCACCUGCAGGGUCAGGCCGAGGCUCGGCAGCCUCUUGCUGGCCCCCGCCACCAAAACAGUACCGCCGAUGCCGUGCAAGGAGAGCCACAGAUUUCGGUCCACGUCCUCGAUGCAGGGAUUUUCAGAGUUGGCAAGAGAGCGGUCGAAGACUGUCACGUCAUUUUACAACCAGUCUGCCAUUGAUGUUUCCGCGGAAAAGGCCUCAGUGCGACUGACCUUAGCGACCCUGCUGUAUUCCGGGAAGUCUCCUGAUGGACACCACAUCUUGAGCAGUGCCAAGUACCUACACAAGGAGCUGCCUGUACGAAUUGCUCAUCGCAUCAAGGGCUUCCGUAGUUUGCCCUUCAUCAUCGGUUGCAACCCCACCAUUCUGCAAGUGCACGAACUCUACAUCAGAGCCUACCACAUGCUCAGUGACUUUCCCCCGAUCAAAGAUCAGGAUGUGGAGGCUCGUUUCUGUAAGCUGGUGCAGCAGCUUCUGGACGACCACAAAGAUGUGGUCACCAUGCUGGCCCAGGGCUUCAGGGAGUGCCGCAGACACAUCCAGGAUGAGACAAUCAUCCGCAGCUUCCUGGAUACAACGCUGUGCUCUCGUCUGGGAAUCCGGAUGUUGGCCACGCACCAUCUCGCCCUCCACGAAGAUAAUCCUGAAUUCGUUGGGAUCAUAUGCAGACGUCUCUCUCCCAAAAAGAUCAUAGAGAAGUGGGUGGACUUUGCCAGACGUCUCUGUGAGCACCAGUAUGGUAACUCGCCCAGGGUGAGGAUCAACGGGCACGUAGCAGCUCGCUUCCCCUUCAUCCCUCUGCCUCUGGAUUACAUCCUGCCCGAGCUCCUCAAGAAUGCCAUGAGGGCCACCAUGGAAAGCCAUCUGGACACCCCGUACAAUGUGCCGGAUGUUGUUGUCACCAUUGCCAAUAAUGACAUUGAUUUUGUCAUCAGGAUUUCAGACCGUGGUGGCGGCAUCCCUCACAAUAUAAUAGACAAGGUGAUGGACUACCACUUCAGCACGGCUGAGGAGAGUGCACAGGACCCGCGCAUGAGCAACCUCUUCAACAGCAUUACCAACAGCGGAAACCAGUCCAGCCCUAUGCACGGGUUUGGCUUCGGCUUGCCCACGUCUAGGGCCUACGCCGAGUACCUGGGUGGGUCUCUGUCCAUACAGUCUAUGCAGGGCAUUGGCACGGACGUGUACCUGCGUCUGCGCCACAUUGACGGCAAAGGAGAGAGCUUCAGAGUGUAAGGCUCCCCACUGGUCGUCCGUGUAGAUCCCAAACUAGGAACCGGGCCAUGCGGGAGUGCGGAGGGUUAUUCCACCGGGAAGGCUGGCAUGGACUACAGGACUUUGGUCCACAAAGUGAUAGCCUAUACAGUAUGUGGUCAGAAAGUUCCUAAUUUCAUCAACCCACUACUUGUCCUUUUUUUUUUUUUUUUGUUUGUCUGUUUGUUUGUUUGUUUUGCCUUAGACUGAUUAUAAGCUAUGUUAGCUGUCAAGUUGAUGAUUUCAGUUGUUUUGUACCCCGUAGCUCGUCGUCUUUCAGUUUCGAGGGUUGUAUGAACUUUUGAAUGUUUAGGUUAAUGGGACAAACUGUGCAUGAUAGUGGACAUUGAAUGAGAGAGGAAGGGGGAGGAAGAAGAGCUUCAGUUUUAAAGAAGUUCCCUUUGAAGUUACUUGUCACAUAGCCUCAAAAUAGGAACAGACCUUUUGAUGGAUUAACGUUUUUGAAACGAAACUUCUCAGACACUCCAGCAACCCUGUCAAAAUCUCCUCAAAGUGCGCAAAGCUGCUCACAUGUUCCAUUGAAAAUCACUACAAUCAUAGUUUGGAUUAGCAGAUCCUACCGGUAUGUCAUCAGAUGUUUGUUUCAAAAUCUUAACGUGCACAAGGGAAGAUGGCGUAUGUCGGCAGUGAUACACAGGUUUAACUUCAGUGUCCUCAUAUUAAAGACGAUUUGCUUGCCAGCAUGUGCUGUAGACCUCAGCCCUUGACAAACCUUAUCGCUAUUCUGCAAAACCUCUGGGUUCAGCCGCGGCUGGCAAAUGCAGAAGAAACUGCCAAAACACCGAAUGCUCAUUAACAGAUUUCUGUCUUGUUCUUUUUUUGAGAACACGCGACGAGAUGAACAUCUUUGUUCAGCAGUAUAUUUGUGGAGCUUUCAGGCAGGGAAGCCAACCGAGAUGUUCAGUUGCCUUACUGUGUGACGUUUCAACUGCAUGCUGACUUUUACUUUUCUUGUUUUUCUUUUUGUUGCCUUUAUCAUUUCACACAGAUGCACACUAUGUCUGUCGGUUUUUUCAUUUAGUUUGAUGUCAGAUGUUUUUGCACAAUGAAUAGAUUUCCUGUUGUAACGCUCAGCAUUUGCACCAAUCAUAGCAGUUUUUGACUUUAUUGUAUCAACUUUCAGAGUAACAAUAUACCAGAAGUGUUAUCUAAUAUUGUCUUCUUUUUUUCUGUUUUAUCUGACUUUUAGAUUUUGUCUGGUAGAGUGUCAGUUAUAUCUCAAGUUUUUCUGUCUUUUUGAAAGAGGGUUUUAUAUAAGAUCACAUUUCAGGACGGGUCAGCGACGGGGUCUCUGCACUGUUAUCCAGGGGAGUUCAGAUCGGCUAAGGUUGCUAAUAAUUUUUUAGGUCCAUUAUCUCCAGUACACAACUUGAUUAUGUCAUUACCUUAAGACAACAAUAGGGCAGAAAGGGCCUGCCAUUGUAGCCUCCCUCUGGCUUCCUGUCCGACCUCUUUCUCCAAAGAUUCCGCCUUUUGCGCUUCUUGGUAGCCUCGACACAACUCAUUGUACAAAUGGGGAUAAUGGAACGUAGUUGUUGGACAGUCUCCUCAAAGGCAUUCUCGUGGUGUUGCACUUGGCUGCACGCAUGAAAAAGUGAUGGGCAGCUUGAGAGACCGGGUCAAACCCUGCCUACCGGCACAAACAUCCGGCUAGUCUCUAAUCCCUGUUGUCAAACGAGAUUCUGCCGAUGAAAAGGGAGUUUCAGACGCCGCUAGAAGAUCUAACAUGCGGCUUGUUCGAAGCGUAUUGAGUCAGUAGCGCAGCAGCGUGGGUGUGAUCCCGCGCCGGCUUCCCCGCCUUCAAACAUGGCCAUUUGGUUCAAGAAGUGUACAACCGAGUGUGAGUUAGACAAACUCAAUCAGUUUGUAUUUUGUUUGUCGGCCAAUCCUUUCAAAAUGGUGGUUAAAUUAGAACAUUAUCUCUGGAUAUUUUAAACAUUAAACAAUUUUAUUUUUCUGUGAUCUCA